AAAACAAGGCUUAGAUUGUUAUUAACUAGGAAACUUUUAUUUCUAUGCAAUGAGAAGAUGAGUUGUAACCCAAAGCUACCGAAGUUACCAAUGUUCUAUAAAUAAGUUCAUGACUAAUAAAAUUAAAGUAGGACAUAGUUAUAUCAGCUGAAAAAAACUAUAUAUAACAAAGUUCUACAGAGGAGUUUUUACUCCAUUUCAAACACAUGGCGUUGAUGGCUUUCCUGAUUACGCUCUUGUUCGUUGUAAGUUCUCAUUUAUCGUUCAUAUUAGCUGCUGAUCAUCUUUCUCAGCAGAGCAAUUCAGAAAUCUAUAUUGUUCGCGUUGAGUCAUCUGAUAAUUUACAUGACUACCACCAGUAUUCAUUAUUUUCUGAUGUGUCCUCGCGUGUAAUAUAUUCCUAUCGGAAUAUCUUCAAUGGUUUUGCGGCUAGAUUAUCACCAGAUGAAGUGAAGGGACUGGAAACGAAAGAUGGCUUUAUUUCCAUAAGACCUCAAAGGGUAUUACGAGUACAAACAACUCACAGUGCUAGCUUCUUAGGAUUGCACCAGAAUUUAGGCUUCUGGAAUACGUCUAACUAUGGUGAAGGUGUGAUUAUUGGUCUGUUGGAUACUGGAAUUUAUCCGGAACAUCCUUCGUUUGAUGAUGAAGGAAUGCCUCCUCCUCCUGCUAAGUGGAAGGGGAAGUGCGAGUUUAACUUCACAGCGUGUAACAACAAGCUCAUUGGAGCAAGAGACUUUUUGAGUGUUGAAGAUGGGACGCCUUUAGAUGAAAAUGGGCAUGGUACACAUACUUCAAGUACGGCUGCUGGAAAUUUCGUUGAUGGAGCGAAUGUGUUUGGCAAUGCUAAUGGCACAGCGGCUGGCAUUGCACCCCGUGCUCACUUGGCUAUGUACAGAGUUUGCAAUCCAAGUGGCCUGUGCUCAGAAAGUGACAUGUUAGCCGCGAUGGAUGCUGCAAUUGAAGAUGGUGUUGAUGUCAUAUCCAUUUCUAUUGGUGGACUUUCUACUCCUUUUUGGGAUGACAAUGUUGCACUUGGUGCAUUUAGUUCUAUGGCAAAGGGAAUUUUCGUAAGUUGCUCAGCUGGAAAUGAGGGUCCAGGUAAUGCUACCUUAUCUAAUGAAGCCCCUUGGAUUCUCACUGUUGGUGCUAGCACGAUAGAUAGACAAAUAAAGGCAACCGUGGCACUUGGAAACGGCGUAGAAUAUGACGGUGAAUCAACUUCUCAACCAAAUGAUUUCCCUCCAACAUUACUACCAAUCGUCUACCCAGCAUUGAACAGCACUUAUUAUGGUGCUUUUGCUUGUAGCCCAGAAUCACUUACAAAUGUUGAAGGCAAAUUAGUGUUGUGUGGAGCGGGUGGCGCAACAGCAAUUGCGAAAGGACAGCCUGUGAAAGAUGCUGGUGCUGCUGGCAUGAUUCUAAUGAACGAAGAUAUUGAAGGUUACACUAUACCUGCACACGAUUAUGUUCUUCCAGCAACACGCAUCAGCUAUGCUGAUGCACAAGAUCUCAUAGCAUAUAUAAACUCGACAUCAACCCCUAUGGCCAGUAUUUUAUUUAAGGGCACUGUAAUUGGAAAUAAACAUGCUCCUUCAGUUGCUUUCUUUUCGUCCAGAGGGCCAAGCAGAACAAGUCCAGGCAUAUUAAAACCAGAUAUUAUUGGCCCGGGAUUCAAUAUCCUUGCAGCUUGGCCGACCUCCAUAGAAAACAAUACUCAUACAAACUUGACAUUUAACAUGAUCUCUGGCACAUCCAUGGCUUGUCCUCACCUUGCUGGAGUUGCAGCUUUGCUUAAAAGCGCUCAUCCAGAUUGGUCUCCUGCUGCUAUUAAGUCCGCGAUUAUGACAACUGCUGGUCUAGUUAAUCUCGGCAAUAAUCCAAUCGAGGAUGAAAGACAUUUACCAGCUAACAUCUUUGCAAUUGGAGCAGGACAUGUCAAUCCAUCAAGAGCAAAUGAUCCUGGUCUAAUAUAUGACAUCCAGCCUCAUGAUUACGUGCCUUAUUUAUGCGGCUUAAACUACACAGAUCAACAAGUUAGCGCAAUUUUACAAAAGAAGGUAAAUUGCACAAUUAGUAUACCCGAGGCAGAGCUAAACUAUCCUUCAUUUUCGAUCAAACUUGGAUCAGAGACUCAGGAAUAUACCAGGGCUGUGACUAAUGUCGGUGAGGCUAGUUCGACUUACACUGUAGAGAUUUCACCACCAGAAGGUGUUGAGAUAACUGUAAGUCCUACCAGUUUGCACUUCUCUGAAGUAAAGGAGAGAAUAACCUAUCAAGUAACGUUUAAACGUUCAGCAUCUAGUACUGUCAGCAACGCGAACUUUGUGCAAGGAUAUUUGAAAUGGUCAUCAGAUAAACACUCUGUUCAAAAUCCCAUUGUAGUUAUUUUGGAGUAGUGAAAGCACCAUCAGGCUUCUCAAUAAAUUCCAGAAGAUAAUUAUGUAUACCUGCUUGAGAUUUGAACUUGACUUGGUAACACAAAUUUCCUUUUCUUCUUGCAGCAACUCUCUUUAAUAAUUUUAUGAUGGCAUAGAGUGAACUUCAAUACCAAAAUUGAAUUUGAAAAACUUAAUAAGAUCAGUGGGUGAAAUUUGAAUACAAAACCACCAUAAUAUUAUAUUAAGUGAUUACUUUCCCAUAUGGUAGGUAUACUGGGUAGGUUUCUCUAAUUAAAAUUGAAUUCUCCGGCAGAAUUUGAUAGUAGUGUUAAGAGUUAAUUACAUAAUAUCAGUACUUUUUUUUAAUUACAAAAGUUCUUUAAAUUUGAUGGAAUCUGGAUGCGUCACAAAAUGCCCCUAUACAUCGUAUCUUAAUUUUAGAUAUAUCCCUUAACGUCUCGAUAUAUCGCAUCUCGAUACAAUUUGAGAGAGUAGGGAUUUAGUAAUUUUUUCAAAUGGAAUUUUAGAAAAUA